AUGACGUCACGCGAGGCAAAAGAAUUGAAAAUAAUUCCUCCGAAGAAUUCUGCGAUGCUCUCGUGGAAACCGAGACCAAUAUUGUCUCCGCAAUUAACGGAACCUGUGCCCCUCGAGGACGUCUACAUCGGCAAACUGAAAGAUAGAAAAACUACCUCCAAAGCCAUUCAAAUGAUUUCUACUGCCCGUCCGGGCUUUAGUCAUCUUAAAAGAUGCAAUGGUUUUCGGUUACUUUUGGCACCGCUGAUGAAUGACGAAAGCGAAGAUCAAAAAUCACCAAAGAUUAUGUCCUCCGACGACUUGAGACGAUCGUUGAACUCCAAGGGUUUUGACCUAUCACUUUUAGAAGAUGAGUUCGAGAUUAUCAAGGUGCCGAAAAGAGCAGCGAAAACUAAAAUCCAGGCUACGAAAUGCUCCGAUAUUUGGCCCGUCAAUUUUCACCCUGAUCCUCAAUUAGAGGCGGUUAUUUCUGGAGAUAUUUUCACGACUGAACAGCUUUGUAGGAUUGAAAUCCUCAUGCGACUCGCUAUAGAGGCCGCUAGAAGGGAAUCCGUUGGGAACAGCGAGUGCAACGGAAGCGCUCUGGUCGUGAAUCCAGAGAAUGGCGAACCCUUGGUUCUGGCUUGCUCAAAAAUCGAUCAGCAUCCGAUGUGGCAUGCGGCAAUGCUGGCGAUCGACUUAGUUGCCAAAUCGCAAGGUGGAGGUACCUGGGAUCUACAUAAAUCAAAUUUAACAAUUCGAAAUCAAUCGGAAACCGAACGGAAAAGACAGUCGAAUAAGAACUCGCUGCUUUUUUACCCCCCGUCCUUAAGCGAUAUAGAAUUUCCUUGCUCGGAAACGAAACUUCUCGAGGUAAAGGCGACGCGGAAGAACAAAUGUUCUAAUAUUCCAAGAGACGACGAACACCGGGAUACAACUGGGCCGUACCUUUGCACGAAUCUUUGGGUUCUUUUGGUACAAGAACCCUGCGCGCUUUGUGCAAUGGCUUUACUGCAUUCUAGAGUUUCGAAAAUAUUUUACGGUAUCCCUGGUGAGCACGGGGUGCUCGGGUCUAAAAUUAUGCUACAUAUCACACCGGGACUGAAUCAUCGGUAUCAAGUUUGGUCGGGAAUUUUGGAAGACGAAUGCCGACGGGUUCGCAAUGAAAUAAAGGCCCGGGAUUGCAUUUAA